GAUCAAUACUCCGCUUUUGUUUGACUUCUCUUUUCCACAGUGAAAAGUAUGGGCCGCCUUGAUGGGAAGGUGAUUGUAUUGUCUGCCGCCGCACAGGGGAUUGGACGUGCUGCUGCAAUAGCAUUUGCAAAAGAAGGAGCUCUAGUCACAGCAACAGAUAUAAAUGGAGAGAAACUCAAGGAACUAGAGGCAUUCAAAGGUAUCAAGACUAAAAUGGUGGAUGUGACAAAAAAGGAUCAAGUGGAAGCCCUGGCCAAAGAACAUGAACACAUUGAUGUGCUGUUUAAUGUUGCAGGGUUCGUCCACCAUGGCAACAUCUUGGACUGUGAAGAAGCUGACUGGGACUUCACCAUGAAUGUCAAUGUGCGCAGCAUGUAUCUCAUGUGCAAAGCUUUCUUGCCUAAGAUGUUGGAAAAAAAAGCAGGAAACAUUAUUAACAUGGCUUCUGUUGCUUCAAGCAUAAAAGGUGUGGUGAACCGCUGCGUCUACAGUACCUCCAAAGCUGCUGUGAUUGGCCUCACCAAAUCCAUAGCUGCCGAUUUCAUUGAACAAGGCAUUCGCUGCAAUUGUGUCUGUCCUGGAACUGUUGAUACUCCAUCCUUGAGGGCUAGGAUCCAGGCCCAGCCUGACCCUGAACAAGCUUACAAGGAUUUUAUGGCCCGACAAAAAACGGGCAGAAUGUGCACUGCUGAAGAGGUGGCGCAUCUCUGUUUGUACCUGGCCUCAGAUGAGUCGGCCUAUGUCACUGGAACAGAGCAAAUCAUUGAUGGAGGUUGGAGACUGUGAAGAACCUGUGGAGUUCUCAUUAUGAUAGCACAGUAAAUUCAAGAAGAUCAAAAUAAAGUCUGGAUAAUCAAUCAU